GGGCAAAGCUAGGCAUACGGAGAGUGCCGUUCGCUUCCGUGUUUGUGCGAUUAGCAGAGUCCAGAACUGCUGGUGGAUAAGGGAGGUUUGGCGUUUCAUUCAUCGGAGGAAUUAAUACAAAAUCUGCGAAUAUGACCUAUGAAUUGAAGCAUGUGUUUGCCAGCCUCCCGCAGAUGGAACGAGGAGUUGCCAAAGUCCUUGGUGGAGAUCCCAAAGGCAACAACUUCCUCUACACCAAUGGGAAGAGUGUCAUCAUCAGGAACAUAGAUAACCCUGCCAUAGCUGACAUCUACACCGAGCACCCUCAUCAAGUUACUGUUGCCAAGUACGCUCCCAGUGGCUUCUACAUUGCGUCUGGAGAUGUGUCUGGUAAGAUCCGUAUCUGGGACACUACCCAGAAGGAGCACCUUCUGAAGUACGAGUACCAGCCUUUCGGGGGCAAAAUCAAGGACAUCGCCUGGACUGAGGACAGCAAAAGGAUUGCUUGUGUGGGAGAGGGACGUGAGAAGUUUGGGGCUGUGUUCCUGUGGGACACUGGCUCCUCAGUGGGCGAGAUCUCGGGCCACUCCAAAAUCAUCAACAGCGUGGACAUAAAGCAGACUCGCCCCUACCGCCUCAUCACCGGCAGUGAUGACAACUGRGGGGCCUUCUUUGAGGGACCCCCUUUCAAGUUCAAGUUCUCAAGCACAGACCACAGCCGGUUUGUCAACUGCGUGCGUUUCUCUCCAGACGGGAACCGCUUCUGUACGGCUGGCGCUGAUGGUCAGAUCUUCCUAUACGACGGAAAGACUGGCGAGAAGCUUGGGGCUCUGGGCGGAGCGAAGGCCCACGAUGGAGGAGUCUAUGCCGUGAGCUGGAGCCCUGACAGCUCCCAGCUCAUCUCUGCCUCGGGUGACAAGACUGUGAAGCUGUGGGAUGUGGGCACCAGCAUGGCCCUCACCACCUUCAACAUUGGCACCGACGUCAUGGACCAGCAGCUGGGCUGCCUMUGGCAGAAGGACCAUCUGCUCAGCAUAUCCCUGUCGGGCUACAUCAACUACCUGGAUAAGAGCAACCCCGACCGGCCGCUCCGCACCAUCAAGGGUCACAGCAAAUCCAUUCAGUCCUUGACAGUUCACAAAAACAAGGGGCGGGCUUACAUCUACUCUGGCAGCCAUGACGGGCACAUCAAUUACUGGGAUGCGGAGACCGGGGAGAACGACUGCUUCUCAGGGAAGGGCCACAGCAACCUUGUCACCAAGAUGGCGGUGGACGAGGCCGACCAGCUGGUGACCUGCAGCAUGGAUGACACGGUCCGCUUCACCAGCGUGACAAAGAAAGAAUACAGUGCUUCCAACCUGGUAAAGAUGGACGUCCAGCCUAAACAUGUUUCCGUAGCAACAGGGGGACUCACAUUAGCCGUGUGCAUUGGACAGGUGGUGUUGCUGAAGAACCAGAAGAAGGUGUUCAUGCUGGACAGUCUGGACUACGAGCCUGAAGCAGGAGCCAUCCACCCAGGGGGCAGUACUGCGGCAGUGGGCGGGGCAGAUGGGAAGGUCCGCUUGUAUUCUGUCCAAGGCAACACUCUGAAGGAUGAGGGGAAGAGCAUGGAGGCCAAAGGGCCAGUCACAGACAUGGCCUACUCAAAAGACGGAGCCUACCUGGCCGUCACUGACGAGAAGAAGGUCGUCACAGUUUUCACCGUGGCGGAUGAUUACUCGGUCAAAAAUGAUUUUUAUGGACACCACGCUAAAGUAGUUACCUUGGCCUGGUCCCCCGACAAUGAGCACUUUGCCAGCGGUGGAAUGGACAUGAUGGUCUACGUUUGGACAGUGAAUGAUGCAGACAAGAGGCUGAAGAUCCCAGACGCCCACAGGUUGCACCAUGUCAGUGGCCUGGCCUGGAUAGAUGAGCACACGCUAGUGACCACCUCCCAUGAUGCCAGCAUCAAGCAGUGGACUCUAAAAUUCUGAUCUGUACAAGAACGGAUCAUUAGGGACAAGGACUACUGUAGACCGCUCUCUCCCUCUUACUCUUAUAAUAUUGUAUGUAUCUAAUUGAUGGUCUCUUGUCAGCAACCCCUGAAAUUGUCAAUUGUCGGUCAUUGCAGUCCCAACGCAGUCUUUUUCUUUGAUUCUUUUAAAUGGUUCACUAAUGCACGAACAAAGAAAAAGAACCCAAAUAGCUGCAUUUAUAUCAAGCUUUUCUGGUCAAGGAAACCAAUUGUAAGCUCAACAUUCCAGAGACAACAGCUUUAUGUCAGUUCAACCUGACAUGCCUGUGCGUGUUUGGAGGGUUGUUUCAUCUGAACUCUGUUAACUCGGGAAUGAAAACAUUUAUGGGGGAAAAAAUUAUCCUUAUUGACAAUGGAGGUAUAUUUCAGUUACAUUCCUGAAUGGGAUUGAGUUGCGAAUGAAUGGCCCUCCGAUUGUGCUUGCCUGUUAGUUCAUGUUUUCAGCCGAGGUUGAUGUUACCAUUUGUAUGGGAGUGGGUAUUUAGCUUUUUUUUUUUUUUUUUUUUGUCCUCUUUCUUUGACUCCAUAACGUCAAUGUCUUUCAGAAUGAUUUCUAGUUGGAACAAAUGUGAUUGGGAGAGCAAUAGUAGGAACUUAAAACAAGAGAGAAAUGAAUCAUGUGUACAAUCAAAAUGCGGUGUAUUCAAUGAAUCUCCUGUACUGUUGCCAUUUUUCUUUUUGGCUCACGAUGUUCCCGUCUUAUACUUUUUACCUUUUUUUCCCCCCUUUUUUUUUUUUUUUUGAUGCUUCCACUUUUUCCUAAGGGUGGAUAUGAUUUAAUAAUAUUAAUGACAAUAAAACAAAUGUUACUCAUU